AUGAUCCGGAAUCUGAUAUUGUGCACGGUGCUCGUGAGCACAGGUAAGGCACUUCCGGUUUUUAUUGUUUGUUGUGGUAUGGUCGUAUAUUGUAGUAGAUGGUUACCUAAAACGUGUUAUAGUUUCAUGUUGUAUGCCCGGAUAUGAAGUCGAGAGGGCUAAGCUACGACAAUAUCUCGGAAUCGAGUGGAUACCCAAGGGAAUGGAUAAGGCUGACGGUAAGACAACUUUGACUGUGUUUUACUUUUUCUAUUUUAAUUUUGUAUUUUAUUUUAUUAUGUUAGCAUUAUUCGUAUUAUUAUCAUUAUGUCUUCUUACAAAAUUCUCUACAUAUUGUAGUACCUUACCUGUCGUUUAGCUGCCGUCCCCAAGUAUAUCAGACAUUCGCAUGACUUGAACUGUGACUUCAAGCAUCCAGAAGACUGUAAGUGGAAUAAUCUGAAGGGCGUGGACUCUCUGGACUUUCAUUUAUUCAAAAAAGAAGACUACACCCCCUUCCCGGUGGUUCAGAUCAGGCCAGGACCGUCCAAAGUUGAGGUAGGGGACCACCUUCUCUUCACUGGAGAUCGCAAGAAGACCGAGAAGGACGCGAUUCUGGCAUCGUGGCCAAUCAGGUGUCAGAAUUCGACUGGAUUGCUCACCUUUACGUAGGUUACUGUAAUUACUGUGGUUUAUAGUAUAUUUACGUUUUUUUAUAUCUUGAUUGGUUAAUAUGUUUUAUAUUGUUAUUAGUAAACAUAGUAAUUACGUCGACGGAAGUCAUCAUCUUGUAGUUUUAACCUUGAUGGUAUCUCCGCUACAAGCGAUCGUCGGUUGAGAUACGAUUAGAUAACAAUGUAACUAUAUCUUAUUGUAACAUAACUUCCUUUUGUAACUUCCGGAGUAGUAAAAUGUGACUUUACUACUGAAAUUCAUUAUAACGGCUCAAUUACGUUUAUAGUAGCGUAAUGGCAUUCUGACUUCAGAUUCUGGAUCUACAAUGGAGCGAGAGUAGAAGUGUUGAUGUUGGAAGAUGUUACAGUAGGAAACAAGACCGAAAUUAAGUUCUUGCCAGAGAAACUCCAUGUAGAUUGCGGCACGGUGACGAUGGAUACAGAAUGCAAAGUGGAGAUACCGAAGCGAGAAGAACCCUUUAGACUAGCCAUUCGUGCUUACGACAUUAGUCAUCCAGAAGGCUCGUUUGUCAUGUUGGACAACAUUUACUACGAAGCCGAGUUUUGUAAAGUAGCCAGUAAGUGAUAUAGAUCAUAAUUUUAAAAAUAUAUAUUGACCUUCAAUAUUAUUAUAGUAGGUAUCUACAAUAAUUUUUUAUAGUUUUGUUUUGAGAUUCCAUUUCUGAAGUCCUUGUUGCUUUAUAUUGACAAGUUUAGUUGACUUUGGCAACGAUUUCCAAACGGAGGAACUCAAGACUGGAGCAGAAGGAAUGCUAGUCAACACAGCAGCCGACCUUGGCUGUACCAACUUCGACCAGUCGUGUCGCUGGCGGAACGGCGGGCAUGAUGGAACGCUGGCUUGGAAGAGAGGUCUCAGUAAACCUUCGGAAAUCGUCAUGUUUAAUGAAACUGGCACCUACACCGUACCCAAAGGACAGUACGCCUUCAUGUACAUCGAACAAGAUCACAACUCCGGAUUCAGAAGGCUGGUGUCAGAUCCGAUCGACUGCCAGGCUUCUGCCGGCUCCACCAUAACGUUCAGAGUCUGGGCCAACAAAGGGCUACAAGUCGAAGUCUGUGCGAUGGAUUUGGACAUGAACGAGCUGGAGUGUCAACUUGUGUCAAUUGAAAGGUCACCAGCUCCAUCUACACAUCACUUUGCCUACACCAAGAACUUCAUGGUAAAAAUGUUUUCAGAGAAUAUUACAGUAGUUUGUCCAUGUUAAAUUAGCAACAUUUCAGUAUGGCAUCAAAGUGUCCGUGCUUGACAAGGACCGUGACCACUUCGUGAUGGUAGAUGACAUUGACUACGAAGCCACGAUGUGUACCGAAGCCUUUGGAUCUCUGGAUCUUGGAAAAGGAUUCUACACAACACAGUUCCUAGGAGUGAUUCUGAAUAGAGCUGCUCAUUCUGUUGAUGUAAGUUGAACAUAAAAGAUCAGUUUCCUAUGAGCAAUCAAUGUUGUUAUAGGACCUGGCAUGCGACUUCUCCAGGCGUGGCCUAGACUGCUACUGGGCUAAUUUGGACGAGGAAAACAGCCACAACAAAUGGGAGGUGGGCCUGGGCGUAGUCGACGAACGAAAAUUUGAAUUCUUAACUCAUAAAAACUCGGUGCCAAGUGAGUCGAUUUAAUCUCUAAAAAUGUCAUUCCUGAUGUUAUAUGUUACUAGUUUAUUGUAUCAUGACAGUAAUAAAAACCGUUUUUAGGCUCGGAUUUUGCUGUCGCUCGUUUCCCGCGACAUAAAGGAACAAAAACCGCGGCGAUUCUGAUCAGCGAGGUGAUACGAUGCACAUACGAAGGGUCUUCGUUGAGCUUGAGCUUCUGGAGGACUGGCGACGCCGUGCUAUCGGUUUGUGUAGUCAAAAGCUUCAACGAUCAAAUUUUGGAUUGUCAAGUGAGUGUCAUAUGAAAAACACAAAAGACCAUAACGUUUACUUCUUAUGUAUAUCUACAAACUUAAUCUAAGUCUCAUGAUGUAAUGCUAUUGUAAACCCAUUCAAUUAUAGGACGUUGGUGAAGGAAGUGCUGAACGAAUUGAAGUUGACAUACCUAACUAUCAAGAGCCUAUAAGGUUAGCGUUGAAGGCAGAAGUGCCAGAAGACCUAGAAGAUGGAGAGGGCCUAAUUGCAGUAGAUAACAUUACUUUAACGGUAGGAUAUCAUUAUCUAGAACAACAAUUAUCCUUUUUUAAUAAAGAAUUACUACAUGAAAAGUCGUUUUAGGGAUCAAUUUGUUCACCAAUCGCAUUUUCCGCCAACUCUCACCACGGUUCGGGCCGUGCUGCAGGAUCUAAAAGUCUCAAAACAUACGAAGAUGUUGGAGUUGGACCAGUCCAGUCUAUCUCGAACCACAUUCCUUCUUCUUCCACUCCAGAUUCCAACGUCUGCCGGCUACUAACCUGUGACUUCAACAGUGGACACAUGUGUUUGUACGAAAGUCAUCGUGUAGCCAACAGUGUCAGUAUGUUCAGUGCAUUCAACAGCACGGCACACUCAAUGUUGUUCGAGAGAGGCAAAAUCUCUAUUCUGGAGUCAAGUGUCUUCAGUUUGAACGCUCCAGCUCGGCUACACUUCGACUAUUCGAUCAUGGUAAAGAUAAAACCGUUUCACUUGCCUUAUCAAUGACACUUUUAAUCAACAACUUUUCAGAAAGGAAGAGCUCAAGUCCACGUAUGUCAGGAUAGUAUACGACAAGAACUCGACCAGUGUUACGCUGUCAAGAACACCGAGCUGGUACCAUUAGAUGGUACCUUUGUCCAUGACUUUAUAGAAAUUCUGCCGAGCGACACCAAGAUAUACAUCAUAGUAAAACUGGCGGAAAAAGAACGAAAAUCGAGUGUAUUCAUCGACAAUCUGGUGUUAACGGAUUCAGAAAACCACAGGAUCUGCUGA